AUGAUGGAUAAACCGCGACAAGAAAAUCUUUCAUUUUACUUUAGUUCUCAGAGUUGGUCCGAUCGACGUCUUGCUUGGUACCCGAACAACAUCCUCAAAGUUAUUGUCAACCAGAACCUGAUAUGGGUACCCAAUAUUUCUUUUUUUAACGGCCUUUCACUGCCCCAAGAAAUUGGAGAGGGUUCCAUCCAUUUGGAAUCCAAAGGCAAUGUCUGUUGGUACCGUCAGCUCUCUGUAAAGACGUUUUGUCGUACGGAUUUCAAUAACCAGACCAACACGUGCGUUUUAUCUCUGGGUUCGACCUCUUACCGCAGCAGCGAACAGAAACUUCGAUUGAAAAGCUUCACUAUUGGCGAUUUCCUAGAAGACAAUCAUUUAUGGCUAGUCAAUGCAAACGAGAACCACACUGGUGUCUAUGAAAACAACGGAAUCAUCCGGUGUGCCAUUGAUUUAAGUCCCUUGCAAACAAAUUAUCCGGCCUACAGUCUGCUACGCAGUUCAUCGCCAUCUUCGAGGGCAACAAAGAUGAUCUUUUUUUACCUUGCUGGAUUUUUCUUAUAUCUUGAAUUUUUCUGUUAG